AUGGCGCGCAAUACUUACACGUUUCUGUGUGUCCUCGUCAUGGCGGCAGCCCUCACCAGCUCAGUGAUGGCCCGCCCCCUGGUGGACGACUUUCAAAGGAGCUCAAGCAGGAACCGGGUGCUAGUCGAGGGCCCUGUUUCCGCUCCUUCCAUUGCCCCAACCGACGCCCCCGCUCCAACCGACGCCCCCGCCCCCAUGACAGACGCCCCCGCACCGUCCGUUGGUCCGACCGACGCACCUGGACCGUCCGAUGAACCGGCCAGCGCACCUGGACCGUCCGAUGAAUCGACCAGCGCACCUGGACCGUCCGAUGAGCCGACCAGCGCACCUGGACCGUCCGAUGAGCCGCUCCCGGUCUCAACCAUGUUCCUCAACAUCGCCCCCGGUCCCGCCGUUAUGGACCCGACCGUCGCCCCGGGGCCUGGAAGCGUCAUCAUUACGUCAUCCAACGAAACCGCCGCUGCGCCCGAGUCCACCCUCCCGCCGGAGGCCUACCAGUCCGUUCCGCCCGUCACCAACGGAACGGCCAACGGAACGGUGGCCCCUGUGCCCGGCGGCCCCGCCACGCAGGCGAACACGACAGCGUCCGAGAACGUGACGUCACCCGAUGCGUCGCCCAUGCCUAUGGCGGUACCCACCGCUCCCUUGCCCGAAUACUCCGCAACCACGUGGUGCGGAACCCUGGAGUGCCUCCAAACCGCUAUGGUCGUCGCGCAGAGCAACAACAACUCCAUCAUUUACGUCACCGACAACAUCGACAUGACCGGCCAAACCCUCCCGGCGGUCACUAACUACCUCGAGGUUAUGGGUAACUGCCCCGACGGCUGCUGCUGGAUCGACGCGCACCAGCUGAGCCAGGUCUUCGUGGUGACGUCAGCGGGGCACUUUACGUCACACAUGCUGGAGAUCCGCAACGGAAAGGCGGCCGGGUGCGGAGGCGCCGUGUGGGUUUCGGAGGGUGCCAAGGCCGGGUUCUUUGACACCAAGUUCAACAACAAUUCGGCACAGACUGGUGGCGCCGUGUGCUUCGACAAGAACACGAGCGGUUACUUCAAGGGCGGCAGUUUCAAGGGUGACGUGGCGUCAACAAACGGUGGUGACGUGUACGUCGAGACGGGUGCUUGCGUCACCUUCACGAACGUCAACUUCCGGAUGUCGUUUGCCGACAAGGGCGGCGCCGUUUACGCCAACACGAACGGUUCCGUUGACGUCGGGUACAGCUUCUUCGACCGGAACGCCGCAACGACCGCGGGUGGCGCGAUCGCGGCAGCAACCGGCUCCACUGUCAGCGUCGAGUUCACCCAGUUCGCUGGCAACACAGCCCCGACCGGAGCCGACGCGGCUCUCGAGGCGGGUGUCACAAAUUCGUUCUACAAGGAUACGUUCACCGCUGCCGGCACAGUUGUGAACGGCAACGUUUGCGAUACGCCAACUGGUGAGCUUCAGGACUCCUUCGAUGAGUCCCUUCGGUUCUUCUCCUCUCAGGACUGA